CCGAAACUAAUCAAAGAUCCUUGGAAAUUGGACAUCCUAUGGCUGACCUUUAACAUGUAAUCAAUGUUGAGAAUCAAAACUCAAAUUACCCACUCAAUCAGACCAUUAACAACCAUAGAACCCUCUGAACUAUCCAUUUCUGCCAUUCAAAAUAAAUUCAAAGACUUCGAAUCAAAAAAAUUAUACGACCAAUUACUUCAAUUCUACAAAUACCACCUUCACCUGACAGGGCACAAUGUAAACACUUUGAUUCUUCCUUCAGUUAUUAAAGCAUGUUCCGACUCUCACUCCUACCUCCACUAUGGCCUGCAACUCCAUUGCUUUGCUCUCAAAUCAGGCUCUGAUUCUGACCAAGUUACCUCCAAUUCUCUCAUCACCAUGUAUGCUAAGUAUUCCAAAAUUGAAUCAGCAUACUUGAUGUUUGAUAAAAUGCCUCACAGAGACAUUAUUUCUUGGAAUUCCAUCAUAAAUUGUUUAGCUCAAAGUGGGUAUUAUACUUUAUCACUAAAAAUGCUUAAGCAAAUGUACUUGUGUGGUUUUGUUCCAAAGCCAGAGCUCAUUGCCGGCGUUUUAUCACUCUGUGCACAGAAUGGAGACUUGAGUGUGGGAAGGCAAAUUCAUGCUCUUGUUAUUGUCCAUGGAAUUGUUCAAGAGUCAGUUUUUGUGUCAACUGCUUUGUUAGACUUGUAUUUCAAGUGUCAUGAAUUGAUGACAGCAUUACGUGUGUUUGAUCGAAUGGAGAUUAAAAAUGAGGUCUCUUGGACUGCCAUGAUUUCUGGAUGCAUUGAUAAUAAAAAAUAUGAUAUGGCUAUUGAUUGCUUUAGAGCAAUGCAGAGAGAAGGGGUUAAGCCUAACAGAGUUACAUUGCUUGUUGCUUUACUAGCUUGUACUGAAUCGAAAUUUAUAGAGUAUGGGAAAGCCAUUCAUGGGUAUGCUUAUCGUCAUGGUUUUCACUCAAAUCAUCAUUUGUUGUCUGCUCUUAUGCAUAUGUAUUGUGAAUGUGCAAACGCGUUGUGUCCUGCCAGGAUUAUUUUUGAAAGAUCCGAAGUAAAAGAUGUUGUUUUCUGGAGUUCAAUUAUUGCAGGCUAUUCAAGGCUCGGGGAUUGUGAUGAAGCUAUGAAGCUUUUUAAUCGAAUGAAAGGGGAAGGGCAUGAACCAAAUUCAGUUACUUUAUUGGCAAUGAUUUCUUCUUGCACCAGUCUAUCUUCUCUGAGCCAUGGACAUGCAGUCCAUUGCUAUAUUUUGAAAUCUGGGCUAUAUUCUGAUGUUUUUAUAGGGAAUGCACUAAUAAAUAUGUAUUCAAAGUGUGGUUAUCUUGAAGCUUCACGUCAGAUAUUCAAUGAAAUGGCUUGCAAAGAUUGUGUGUCAUGGAGCACAUUAAUCAGCAGUUACGGCCUUCAUGGUUGCGGUGAAGAAGCUUUGAGGCUUUUGCAUAAGAUGCUUGGGAGAGGGAUAGAGCCGGAUGCCAUUACACUGCUCUCCAUUUUAUCAGCUUGCAAUCAUUCUGGCCUUGCCGAGGAGGGAAAAAGUAUAUUCAACAUUGUCAUAAAGGAUUGCAAAAUUUCAUUAAGUUCUGAACAUUAUGCUUGCUAUGUUGAUCUUCUGGGGAAGACAGGAAAGAUUAAAGAUGCUUUUGAGGUUGUGAGGACAAUGCCAAUGAAACCGAGUACAAAACUCUUGAGCUCUCUAGUAUCAGCUUGUAAGAUGCAUGGAAGACUGAAAGUUGCAGAAAUGCUUGCACAUCAGCUUCUAGAGUCAGAACCUGAGAAUGCUGCCAACUACACUUUAUUAAGUAUGAUUUAUGCUGAAUGCAGUAACUGGGUUGGUGUAGAAGAAGUGAGGAGAGUGAUGAGAGUAAAGGGAUUGACUAAGUGUUAUGGAUUCAGCAGAAUUGACUAGGACAAUGAGUAUACAUAGCAGCCCAAAUUUUGCAUA